GGCUUCGAGUGGGACCUGAAAGGGGUUCCAUUGGACCAGAAUGCUGAGCUCCACGUGGUGGUCAAGGAUCAUGAAACGAUGGGCAGGAACAGGUUUUUGGGGGAGGCCCAUGUGCCCCUCCGGGAUGUCUUGGCCUCCCCCAAUCUGGCUGCCAGCUUCAAUGCCCCUCUGCUGGAUGCCAAGAGGCAGAACACAGGGGGGUGUCUGAUCCUCCAAGCCUCCUACACUCCACCCCCGGGGGCAGCUCCUUUCAUCCCUCCUCCAGCCCCUCCGGAGCCAAAUCCGACUCUCCCUGAGCUGGACACGGUGACAGACACAGGGGGAGAAGAAGACAGUGAGGACCAGCUGGGCACCGAAGAGGAAGCCGAUCCUUCUGCAAGACCCUCAGCUCCCGAUCAGCCUUCCUUGCCCAAAAGGCCGCCGUCUCACGUUCUUCCUGCAAGCAAGAGAAGGAAAAGCACUUCCCGGAAGCUGCUCUCCAACAAACCCCAGGAUUUCCAGGUGACCAACCUCAAGCCCACCUUUGUGAAGUCUUGGGAAAUGUCUGCCCAACCUGGGCUGGAAGUUCACAAGAGCUUGUGGGAGGACACAGAAAGCUCACCAAAAUCUUGGUGCAGACCAGGAGGCGUUGGCUCUUGGCCCAAAUGCUAA